GCCCGGAGAGAGCCUGUCUGCUCGGGAGAAGUUCAAGUUCAGACACCCGGACGCUGGGACUGAAGGCGGCAUGUCAGAGGCAAGCAUAAAGAUCACGGGGAGGUCGGUCCGGCACGGGGCCGUGUACGGGGGCAACCGGCUCUUCUCGUCCGGCCGGAGCAGCGGGGGCAUGGGGCUGGCCAUGUCCAGGUCGGUGGGGAUGGGAGGAGGAGGAGGAGGGGGCGGUGGACUCGGCCUGAGAGGGGGCCUCGGGUUGGGCUUGGGGCUGGGCGGCGGCUUGGGGCUGGGCGGGGGUGGCGGCGGCGGCGGCGGUCUGGGGCUGGGUCUGGGUCUGGGCGGCGGCGGCGGCGGCGGCGGCGGCGGCGGGCUGGGCCUGGGCCUGGGCGGCGGGCUGGGCCUCGGGGGCGGAGCCGGCGGCAGGCUGGCUGGGUUCCGGGCCGGUGUGGCCCCGCUGAGGGCCCGGCUGGCGGGACGCAUCUUCAAGAUCGGGGGGUACGGCUUCAACCCGUCCUUCCUCACCACCACCACCACCGUGGAUGCCGGCAUCAGCCCCGUGCCCAUCCUGGACCCCUCCCUCCCGUCUGUGGACACAGUUCAGGUCACCCGCUUGAAGGAGAAGGAGGAGCUGCAGGCCCUCAAUGACAAAUUCGCCACCUUCAUCGACAAGGCCCGCACCCUCGAGCAGCAGAACGCCAUCCUGAAGGCAAAGAUCUCCAUGUUCACCAACCCGGACCAGGGCGGCCCCGCCAGCACGUCCAUCCUCCUCACCUCCGCCAUCGGAUCCUACAAGACCCAGAUCGACAGCCUGACGGCCACCAAGGAGGCCAUCAUCGCCGAGAUCGAGCACUACAAGGGCAUCAUCGAAGACGUCCAGGCCAGGUACGAAGAGGAGGCAUCACAGACCAAGAAUCUAGAAAUUGAUUGGACGACCUUGAAAGAAGAGGUCGACAAUCUCUACCUGACCAUUUUUGAGCUUCAAACCAGCAUCGGGGGACUGGAAGAUCAGAUAGCUCUUUCCAAGCAAGUGUAUGACGCUAAAGUGAAGGAGGUGAGGAACAUCGUGACUGGCAGCGUGAAGUCGGCCUUCUCCAUCUCGGUGGACAACGCGGCCCAAGCGCAGGACCUGACCACGGCGCUGGCGGAGGUGAAAAACCACUACGAAGCCCUGGCCCAGCGCAGCAAGCAGGACGCCCUCGUCUCAGUCCAGGACAGCAUCUCCAUGAUGUCGCUAACAUCCCAGCCCAAUACCCAGACCCUCACCACAACAAAGGAGGAGCUGCGUCUGUACAAGCUGCAGAUCGACUCUGUGCAGCGGGAGAUCGAGAGGCUGAAGGGGCUGAACGCCCAGCUGGAGUCUCAGGUGGAUGAGGCGGAGUCUCACUCCAGCACACACACAGAGACCUACCAGGACCAGGUGACGACCCUCAAGGUCCAGCUGGAUGACAUCAGAAAGCAAAUCACUCAGUACGGGCAGGAGUACCAGGAACUCCUCGCCAGCAAAAUGUCCCUGGAUGUUGAAAUCACUGCUUACAAGAAACUCCUGGACAGUGAGGAGACAAGGCUGAAGUCGGGAGGCGGAGUCACGGUGCACAUGUCCAAGACUGCCGUCAUGGGCGGGGGCGGGGGCGGGGGCGGGGGUGGGGGCGGGGGCGGGGGCGGAGCUGGCCUUGCCCUUGCAGCCGGAGGUGGCGGACUGGGAGGCGGAUACGGAGGCGGACUGGGACUGGGAGGCGGAUACGGAGGCGGAUACGGAGGCGGACUGGGACUGGGAGGCGGAUACGGAGGCGGACUGGGAGGCGGAUACGGCGGCGGCGGCGGCUUAGGCCUGGGGGGCUACGGGCUGGGCCUGAGCUUGGGCGGCGGUGGCGGCGGCUACGGCGGAGGGGGGCUCGGCUACGGCUCGGCCUCCUUCGGCGGCGGCGGCAGCAGCUACUUGUCCAGCAGCACGAUGUCCACCAGCUACUGAUGAAACGCGCGCGGACCACGGAUCACGGAUGACUGCACGGACCUCGACGGCUUACCUGCAACGCCUCUGGCUUUCACCACUGGAAGACAACGAGAGAGAGAGAGAGAGAUAGAGGGAGAGAGAGAUAGAGGGAGAGAGACAACCCAAGCCACAAAGAACCACGCCUCGAAAUUCGCUUUUUAAAUUUUUUUCACCUCGCCGCCUGUGCGCCUUUCUCUUCUCUCUCUGACGCUUCCUCCUGCAAAAGAAAGGCUGCAGAAAAAAUGUUGUGUGUUUCCUUCACGCCUGGUCUCUCCUGCUUCUUACGGCUCAGUGGCUCACGUGGAUCAUUCAGGGAGGAGUGAGAUUUACAGCCAUUAAUAACCAAAGCUUUUUAGUCUGUAUAUAUUACCCGAAAUGCUAAAACUAUUAAAAAAAAGCACCAUUAAAAGUAAACACUGAUACUUCGGUCAAUAGGAUGGACCCACACGCCCCAAAUAUGUUUCAUUUGGCUAACGUCCACUUCAGUUACUCCCUGCCCACGAAAUGGAAAUGCUUACCCAGAACCACAAAAAUAAAUUUUGUCUGUUUAAAAAUAA